AAAGAUGGCGCCUCCCCCUCCCCCGGCCCCUCACAAAGAUGGCGCCGGCCGCGCCGACGUGGCCAAGCCCGGGCGGGCGGGCGGGGAGUGCAUGCGCGGCGCCGGGAGGGCUCGGGACCAUGGGCAGGAGGCGAGAGGGGCUGAGCGUGGCCCGGGAGAUCGAUGGGCUGGAGGAGAAGCUGGCGCUUUGCAGGCAGAGCAUGGAGGAGGUGGACCUCAAACUGCGCAGGGAGAAGCUGAGCCCUGAAGGAAGAAAGUCACUGGAGAGAGAGAGAAACCUACUAAUGACCAAAGCUGACAACUAUGAGAAGGAACUGAGCGUGCUUCGGAAGGAAAAUCGCAAGAACGCUGCCCUCGCUGUGGCCAUGGCGCUGCUGAUCGCUCUCAUUUACGCCUGCUGGACUAUGUGAUGACUCGAGAGUUCGCCCUGCUGACCAGACAGCUCUCCUCCCCCAGGGAAAGUUCCUCAUCCCUCGUGGAAGUGCCUUUGCCAGAGCAAACUGCCGGUGACAGAGCUCUCGUUCUUCAUGGAGGGAAGCCCACCCUUCCUCUACUUUAUAUUUUGCCUCUGCUUGAGAACAGAGGGCAGCUACAGGUCAUCCACAGGACCCCGUGACAACGUGCAGCCCCUCAACUGUUCCAGCAGACCUGUGUCUGAGGGUUAACGACCAACCACAUGGAAGAACCUUUUACCCACAUCAUUUUAUGCUUGAGCUUGACAAAAAAUGGAAUCACUGCCCUGCACAGCAUUCAGAGCCAUCUAUCCAUAACCCAUCCACGCCCUACCUUUGCCUCCAGUUUCCCCAGAGCAACAGCCCAGCUCCUGUGCUGCUCCCCUACUGAGGGCUGGGGUUCUCCAGAUACCAAGCCUGCACCCGAAUUUGUCUGGUGCAAGGAGCUGGAGCUGUUCCGUUCGUUUACACCAAACUGCAGAGAAAUAAAACAUGGGCGCAUGGAAAUGACGUGCUUGUGAAGACACGGAAGUGCUCCAAGCUCAGAGAGCAUGGCCUGCUUGUAGGGUGACGUUCACUGCAUGCUGAGAAGGAGGACAAAACCUAUACAUGACGCUGGACCUUGUAGGGUGCGUGAAAGUGGGACUUCCACAACGUGCCGCCCUUGUUACGGCCUCUUCGGGAGGGGUGCAGGGCACCCAUGCACCAAUAAACCUGCAGAUGAGAACUUGCAUGUCUUACUACAUAAAGCUUUGUCAAAUCCUACAUACAAUUUUUUGGGGGAAAAAUAAGAAUCUAAGCAACUGCUGUAGUCCCAAGAAGAACUACAGCUUUCUUUAAGGCACAGUUCAGACAACCCAUAAAUCAGUUUCCUCCCUACUGCCGGUCUGUGUUCAAAAGCAAACAAAAAAGGAGGGGAACUGCUUAGCUAAAAGCAGUCAGCUGCGAGUUACCUUCUGAUCUACGUGGAAGACCUGGCAAAAGCCUGAUGGAAGCCAGAACUGAAGGUAAAUCAUGCAACAGAAGACAACUUUGAGCCCAGCAUAAAAACACGUUGAGAGGUCUGCUUACAACACAAAUUUCAUGCUGAGAGCGUCACAGCUCUGUGCCUUCACCCCAGGUGUAGCGCCAGGGCCAGGUGAGACUUGGAGGGUGUCAAAGCCCGCUCUAGAACAGAAUUCGGGUAUCCUUUCCAGAGGAACAGUCAGGGGACAGAUUUCUUCCUAUUAACCAACGUGGUCAAAGUCAAGAUCUCUCUUCGCCAAAGCCCUGGGUCUCCUAACAAAGUCCUAUGCUCCCAUCGUUUCCUCUAAAGACCCCCAGGAUUGCAAACUUCCUUUGUCUUCCCUCCCACGUCCGCUCUCCUUCCUGAAGAUUUGGGUCACGUUGUUGAGUACCGAGACCCAAAGCAUCUUGGGCUCACAAGUACCGUGAGGCAGACGCUCACAAGUUAACCCCAGGCUGCUGCCUCGGGAUCAGUCACUGACCUGGAAAGGGGGGGAAAUCCUUUUCACAGCAACUUGUAGAGGUCUGAGAAACCCGUGGCACCAGAACAUCGCGUCGGUGCCAGGAAGUCCAGUCAUCACCCGCGCUGGCUCCUGUCCAGUGGGACACCAUCACAUCGGGAUUGCCGAUGGCCGGCCAAGUGCCUCGACAGCAGAAAUGUCAGAGAUACCAACGAGAAUACGUACUUGCACCCCAAAGCUAGCAUCCCCCCAGGAAUUACCACCCUCCACGGGGUAGUGAAGGCUCCUCACGAGGCCAAGGAGAUGGACAGCUGCCAGGAACAAGGCAGGGCUGCUUCAGCCCAGCCCUGCCACCUUCCUCUGCUCCUUUUCCCACUGCCAGGGAGGCACAAGCCUGGAGAGCCCUGACACGCACAGAGCUCCACAAACCUCGCUGAAUAUUUUUUGCACAGGAGCAAAGAAAGCUGCCAGCCCCUUGGCCUCAUGCACGCAGCAGGUCAGGACAAAAGGGCGUUAGGCCUCGACUCCAGGAGGCACCAUAGGUGCUCCAGCAGCAGGCACGCUGCCUGGGUCACGCUCCUAUAUACACUGCCAAGGGAGAGCCUUGUCCUGAGCCUUCUGCGUAGCGCCUCCUGGUUACAUCUCCUCCAGGGAAUCAGCUCUGGAGAGGACCAGGAUAGCUGUGGAGUCGCCCCAGUCUUGUCAGUCCCUGAAGAAUCCAAGCUGGGCUCAGCCCCACCCGGUGCCCCUCGAGAGGGCAGGGGGUUAGGGGUAGUGUGCUUGGAUGAAAGACAGGACAUCCUCCUUUGACAGCUUCUCUGGAUCUUGCCUUUUCUGAGAGUCGUGCACUUUGACACCUUCCCCCCACUCCCAGAAGAGGCGGCUGUAAUGGCAGACGCUGUGGACAGAGAAGAGAGCAAGAUUAGUAUGGCAGAAGAGGGGAAGGAAAACUCUGCCACCAUGUUAGCCACAAAGUGCACUACAGACAGAGCUGCUCUUGUGCUGGGAGCCACACAGAGGUACUCUAUCUAAGGGGUGCCUUAGAGAAAGGCCAGUACAUCCAUUCACUCAUCGUACAAGCUUUAUGGCCCAUAAUGUACAGGAACUUCCUAGCCUAAGAGAUUUCCAUGGAAGCAAACUUAUUAAUUCUAACUUCACUCAAGGCUCAGUUCGGUAUUUGCUGGAAGGAGGCAGAUCAUUAGGGAAAACCUCCCUCCCUUCCCUCCACAAGUUUUUCGGAGGAUGAAACUGUCAUUGCAGGCAAUGGAAAGGCCUUAAUGAAGAAUUUAGAAAGUCUGCCAGCAGAAGCAAGUAGUCUAAUCACUCACUGCGAACCUACUAGAAUCAGUAAUAGCUGUCCUAUAGAGCUUUGCAAAUGAGCAGCACUUCGUGCUGUACAAAAGCAGCUAUGAUCAUCCCUUCCUUCCCCCUGUGUGAAAUAACCAAGCUCUACUCAGCUGCUGAGAGUUCCGGUCCUACAACGCCAUCUCUCACUCCAUCCAUCAAGCACAAGUCCUCCCUCCCUGCAUCAGCACAGUCCCAGCCAUAAUGAAAACAGAGCUGCUAAUUACUGCCGACACAGCAGCCUUUGGUUUUGAACAAGUACUGACACCAUAUUCAUAGCUUAUUUAGUGCUCCUGUUCUAACAAAGCAGUACUAGCACAGCGACAGGAGCACAUGUCAAUGGCUAAUUACAGACACGUUAGUGCUCACUAACCACAACACAACACUUCCCCUCUGGAGUCCUACACAAGAGCUCUAAGUCCUCAGCCUUUCAUAAAGGUUCAUACUGGCCCAUUCCUGAGUACUUAGGCAGAACUAACCCCAUCUUGAGGCCUGGAGGGGAAAAAAA